AUGGAUCCUACUUCAUACGAUUCGUAUUAUUGCGGUGGAGGAGCAGAAGCUGAGCCGGCGGAACGACAAACAGCGUCGGUUCGUGAACGGAGAAGAAUGUGCAGUAUUAACGUGGCUUUUGUGGAGCUCCGCAAUUAUAUUCCAACAUUCCCUUACGAGAAGCGCCUUUCAAAAAUUGAUACUCUGAACUUGGCCAUCGCAUAUAUCAACAUGCUGGAUGAUGUUCUCAGAACUCCUGAAGACUCUGGUGAGUACAUCCAGAAAUGUGUCCACAUGGCUCGCACCGGACAGUAUGGAGCUCCGUCCUGGAGCACUAGCGGUGAUUCAAAAUGUUCCAUAACUAAUGCUCAUCAGAAAAUCACUUUAGACCUACUAGCGCGUCUCAAUUGGAUCAAGUGGAAUCGCCUUGGAAUCGAGCCAAUCGCAUGA